UUAUUCAGUUACAUCCUCCUCUAUGCGUUACGUGUCCCAUGAGUCUGAUCCCAAGGUUUCCAAAACAUCUUGACGAAGACAUUCCAUCCGUCAAAAAAGAACGGAAUUACAUCAUACUACUAAUAUAUAAAAUAAAAUCUUCACUUGUAUCACUUUUUCGUAAUUUUGCAGAUCCGAUCCUCUUUCAGACAUCCUCUCCCUCUCGCUUUCGGGAUCUCUUCACAUCCCCAAUGGAUUGGCAAGGGCAGAAACUAGCGGAGCUAUGGAUGCAGGUACUGCUGAUAGUUUUCGCUGUGGUGGCCUUCGCUACCGGUUAUAUCAUGGGAUCGUUUCGAACAAUGAUGCUAAUUUACGCCGGUGGAGUGGUUUUCACCUCACUUGUUACUGUCCCUAAUUGGCCUUUCUUCAAUCGCCAUCCUCUCAAGUGGUUGGACCCAAGCGAAGCCGAGAAGCACCCUAAGCCACAGCAGCAGGUUGUGGCUUCCAAGGACAAGAAGAAAUCGUCCAAGAAGCUAUGUAAUUUCUCUGAGAAGAAUCAUGAAGCUGCUCUUUCAUUUGAUUUCCGUUUCUGUUGAUAUAGGAGGUUGUUAAGAGUUUGUAGUUCAAACCAGAAUAGAAGAUUUUUGAACCUCUUUCGGGCUGUAAAUUGUUACGUGACCUCAAGGUGAGUGAAGUAUGUGCUACCAAGCCUACCACAGGUAUUUGGUCCAAAAGGUCACCCAUAGAAUAGGCACAGACAACAGCUGUAAAAGCUGCCCAUUGUUAGAUGAAUGUUUCCGGUGUGGCCUCUGUUCAGCUUUUGCUAGAUAAGCUCCAAGUUGCCACAGGAAUCAUCAUGGCACUGGCUGCCUUUGUUUCUAUUCCAUAUCUUGUCUGUGAUUAUAGUUCAAGUACCAAAAAUUUUAAACAUGUAAAACACACAAUGCAAGGUUUCUUUAACCGGUAACUCGCUGCAGUUUUCUGCUUAGUGCUUAGGGCAGAGUAUAUUGUCAACUAUCUACUGUUUUAUUUUUCCCACCACUUUAAGGAAAAACAAAAGUAUAAAGAUGUAAAUUCAUUGACCUAGUAGGGAUUUUUGCUUGCUUGUGCCACAUACAAGGGCUUUACUGGACCUCCAGUCACAAAGGAUUAUUCUUCAUUCAACAGUGGCUUAUUGAAAUAUAAGAUAUUAUAAUUUAUUUU